CCAUGCCCAGAGAACAGAUCAGAAAGAGAGGCAAGAGGAAGCCCAAAUUCACGCAAGAGGAACAGGCAGAUGAGGAACUCCAGCCAUCCACCGAGUCCACUCAUGCCGGUCCUUCUUCCAUUCAUCCGGCUCGAGCCGCGAUGCUCGCAGGUCAAAGACCACCACCGAGGCUUGAUGCGCCAGCCGAAGAGGAGGCACAGCAGGUAGAGUGGAGCAGGGAUCUGAGAGAAGCCGAGUUCCCCUUUGGUGUCCUUGAUCCAGAUGUCAAAGCGUACUUUAGGACGGUCGACGAUCAGAUUCGAGACUGGCAAAAUGUCUCGUCCACAGGGGAGGAGCGAGAGGACCGUCAAAUGUUCCUGAACAACGUCCUCGCUGAGCUCCGCGGAAACGAAUUGGCCACUGCUACCGAUCCAGACACGGCCGUUGUCCUGGAACGACUGUUGCCUUCGCUUGGAGACUGGGGACGCAGAGUCAUUGGCGAUUCGUUUGGGGAUCAAUGGGAGAUCCUCCUCCGACAUAGGUUCGCGAGUUAUGUCGUCCAGACCUGGUUGCGACUCGCGGCAGACACCCUAGAUAGAGAGGCCAGAGACAUAUUCCCACCUCCGAAAGACUCUGGGUCAUUACGGACAAUGACAGAGUUGUUCACCUCGCUGUUGACGUUUAUCCAACCCCUUGUCCCGACUCUCCUCACCCACCCUCAUGCCUCUCCUCCGCUACGACUCCUCUUCCUCAUUUGCUCCGAUCAAGAACUGCCUAUUGAAUCCAAAAACGACAUCAUCCGGUCGAAAAAGAGUACAAAGUAUCGAAAAGGUCACGACGUAAAGACCAAGUCGAUCAUAGAAGACCACAGCGCUUCGGUCUCUCGUCACAUCCCACAGACCCUCAUAGAUCUCCGCAAACGCGUCACCCGUGCCCUCCAGGAUGACAUCUCCCCCGUCGAAUGGAGGUCAAUGGGAGUCAACGAAGUCGGCAGUGCGGCCAUCCAGCUGCUCGUUGGAUUGGAAGUCGGCGACGGAGCGGCCGAGGGAUCACUCUUGGACCACUUGACAGAAGGACUCGUCUCGGACCUCGCCAAUGGCAGUGCCAGACCAAAAGAGUAUCCCGCGUCCUUGCUCUCCUUCCCAAUCGGAUCUCAUCUCUUUGAAAAGAUCCUGUCGGUCGCCCCGGAGCCGAUAUUCCAGGAAUUGUGGCGACUCUACUUCCACGGCAAGAUUGGCAAGCUCGCCAUUCACCCAUUCGCAAACUUUGUGGUGGCUUCUGGCGUCGCACGCUUAGAUGCGGAUGGAAUACUGAGCGUCGUGAAAGAGUGCAAGUCGGUCAACGGGGGACGGAGCCUGAUCAAAACCGCUCGGACAAGUGUACUACAAGCACUAGUCGCCAGGUGUGUGGAUGUACCAUGUGGAAGCGAGGUCCUUCAGCUCAUUCGAUCGGCUUUGGACCUACCCGAGAAGGACGCCAAGCCACUGGUACCCUGUCUCAUGGCGCUGAAAACAUGUCCAGCAUAUCAAGCCAUUCAGGCCGGUGAAGCUGUGCCAGAGGACGAAAUCCUCGACGUGGAUCAAGACGCAGAGGAAGCGGCCGCCGCGGCCGCCCGUCUUGAAGGAUGGAAGACUCGUCGCCAGCCUAAACCCAGGCAAUCAGACCUCGCACCGAAUAUGCAGGGUUCAUUAUUGCUUCAGGGACUCGUCAAACUCGAUCAGAGCCCGGUCGUGAUCGAUAGUCUUCUGGCACAACCGAUCGAGAUGUUGCUCAAAUACGCCUCUCACCCUAUCUCUUCCCGUCUUCUCGACGCCAUCCUCGACUCGCCGGCCGUUCCUCCCCGGGAUCGCCGUAGAGUCAUCAUGGCGUAUCUGAAUGAUUUCGCUACGGUCGCCAUGGACAAGAGCGGAAGCUAUGUCGCGGAGAGCAUGUGGGCAAAGGCCGAUGGGUAUAUGAAGGAAAAGAUCGGCAAGAGCCUCAUUCCGCACGCUCAUGAGCUGUCUGGCUCACAAUAUGGUCGGUUCCUAGCACAACGGCUAGACCUACAUCUGCUACAACGACGUCCGGUCGAAUGGCGUCAGAAGCAUGUUGCGAUGCAAAAACCGCAUCAGUCUACAGUGAAUGACGAGGCACCCAAGCAGGGGAAGAGGAAGCCAAAGGACGAGAUAGAUGAGCUGUUUUCGAAAAGAGUCAAGACAUGAUGCAUGGUAUAGCAGU